AUGUUUGUGAGAGCGGUGAGCCCACAGUCAUACUCCACUCCCAGCUGGCACAUCGAGCCCAAGUAUUCCACUCGCGUGCUCACUGGGAACUGGGUGGAAGAGAGAAGGAAGUUCACCAGAGCCACUGAGAAAACACCCCAGUGCAUUUACAGAAAAGAGUACAUUCCCUUUCCAGACCACAGGCCGGACCUGAUCUCCAGGUGGUACGGGAAGAGAAGAGUGGAGGGGCUCCCGUACAAACAUCUGAUCACCCACCACCAGGAGCCAUCACACCGCUGUCUUAUCAGCACCUACGAUGACCAUUACAACCGGCAUAACUACAAUCCUGGCCUGCCCCUGCAUCGUACCUGGAGUGGACAUAAGUUGCUGUGGCUACCAGAGAAGGCAGACUUCCCCCUUCUUGCUCCCCCUACAAACUAUGGACUCUAUGAGCAGCUGAAGCGGAGGUGGAGCAGAUCCGAGGCCGGCCCCGGAGAGAGCAUCUAUACUUCGUCUUACCCCAGACCACCCGUGUCUGCCAUGUCCUGGCGGGAGCACGCGAUCCCGGUCCCUCCCCCUCGCUUGCACCCUCUCCCAAGCUUCUGA